AUGUCGGGAGCGCUCGCGCCGCAAUACGUGCACGGCGUGUACAUUCCCUCCGCCCUCUUGAUUGUCGGCACCGCCAUUAUCAACAAGGCAUGGAUUCCCUUCGCCGUCGCCAUUGCCGCUCUUCUCGGCGGCUGGAAGGUCUACAGCAACCAACCCCGCAAGGUGCUCAAGCCCGACGUUUUCCAGGAGUUUGAGCUCAAGGAGAAGACCAUCCUCUCGCACAACACCGCCAUCUACCGCUUCGCCCUCCCGCGUCCCACCGACGUCCUCGGCCUCCCCAUCGGCCAGCACAUCAGCAUCGCUGCAACCCUCCCCGGCCAGCCUAAGGAAGUCGUUCGCUCCUACACGCCCAUCUCCUCCGACCUCGACCUGGGCCGCGUCGACCUGCUGAUCAAGGCGUACCCGACGGGCAACAUCUCCAAGUAUGUGGCAGGGCUGGCGAUUGGCGAGAAGAUCAAGGUGCGCGGCCCCAAGGGCGCCAUGGUCUACACGCCCAACAUGGUGCGCCACUUCGGCAUGAUCGCGGGCGGCACCGGCAUCACGCCCAUGCUGCAGGUCAUCAAGGCCAUCCACCGCGGCCGCGCCAGCGGCGACCGCACCCAGGUCGACCUCAUCUUCGCCAACGUCAACGAGGACGACAUCCUGCUCCGCGAGGACCUCGACGCCCUCGCCGCAAAGGACGACGGCAUCCGCGUCCACUACGUCCUGAACAACCCGCCUGAGGGCUGGACCGGCGGCGUUGGCUUCGUGACUGCCGACAUGAUCAAGGCCAAGCUCCCCGCUCCCGCAAAGGACGUCAAGGUCCUCAUCUGCGGUCCUCCCCCCAUGGUCAGCGCCAUGAAGAAGGCCGCCGAGUCCCUUGGCUUCGACAAGGCCAGGCCCGUCAGCAAGCUCGAGGACCAGGUCUUCUGCUUCUAA